UCCUCGCGCACUGUAAGUGCUGCCGUGCGCGCUCCCGAUAAACCAGGAAACAUGGCGGCGCUCAUGACACUCAGUCAGCUAUCGAGUGGGAACCCAGCCUACGAGAUCUACUACAGACAGCUGGACCCUGUGGACAGUGGCAAGAUAUCAGCUGGAGAUGCAGCUCAGUUCCUAAAAAAAUCCGGACUAUCAGAUAACACACUAGGAAAGAUAUGGGAUUUGGCUGACUCUGAGCGGAAAGGGUAUUUGGACAAGCGGGAUUUCUUCAUCGCCUUGAGACUGGUCGCCUCAGCGCAAGCGGGUCAUGACGUUGCUCUUAGCAACCUCACUCGAACUGUGGGACCUCCUAAAUUUCGAGACACAAGUAGCCCAUUAUUAAGUGUCCCAGCAUCUGAUUCGCAUUGGACAAUAAGGCCGGAUGAAAAAGGAAAGUUUGAGGGCAUUUUUGAGAGUCUGGGCCCUCUGAAUGGCCUCCUCUCUGGCGAUAAAGUCAAGCCCGUUUUGAUCAACUCCAAACUGCCUCUGGAUGUGUUAGGAAAGAUUUGGGACCUGGGUGACGCAGACAAAGAUGGCUACUUGGACAAAGACGAAUUCAUUGUGGUCAUGCACCUUGUAUACCGAGCCAUGGAGAAGGAGCCGGUGCCGGCCACCUUGCCCCCGUCCCUCAUUCCACCCUCUAGAAGGAAAAAGGUGGCGGGAACUAUGCCCGGUGCCGUGGCAGUGCUACCUUCCCGGUCUGCCUCGUUUGCGCUCAAGGACAGCACGAGAAGCGUCUCACCCCUCACCAGCGCCUCACCUGUCACUAGCCCAGCAGCCAAGCUAACCCCAAAACACUCCUUUAAUGCCCGCAAAGAGCCUGAGCAGCAAUGGGUAGUGCCGGUGGCUGACAGGGAGCGAUAUUAUGACAUAUUCAAGAAAACCGACAUUGACAAAGACGGACUGGUCGACGGAACAGAGGUCAUCGAGAUUUUCAUGCACUCCAGCCUCUCCCAGACUAUGCUGGCACAAAUCUGGGGGCUCGCCGACACCAAACAGACGGGCAAGCUUACGCCGGAACAGUUUUCACUGGCCAUGCACCUGAUCCAGCAGAAGAUUACCAAAGACAUCGACCCGCCCACCACUCUCACGCCUGACAUGAUUCCUCCCUCGGAGAGGACAUCGUCUUCAAUACCCCCUCCUGACUUCUCUGCCAUAGCGCCAGCAGAGUUGACGGGCAUCAAAGAGCUCGAUGACCUCGGCCAGGAAAUCAGUCAGCUGCAGAGAGAAAAAAUAAUCUUGGAACAUGAGCUCCGUGAAAAGGAGGAAAGCAUCAGAAGGCAAAAUCACGCAGUUCAAAACAUGCAGCAUGACCUGGACAGGGAGGGCAGCAGCUUGAAGGACAUCGAGUCCCAUAAACAGGAUGCCCAAAAGCGUCUGGAUGAGAUGGACCAGCAGCGCUCCAAGCUAGAAGGGAUGCUAAAUGACAUAAAGCAAAAGUGUCAGGAGGAGUCACAGACGAUUUCCACGCUUCAGAGUCAGAUCCGCUCCCAGGAGAAGGACUUUCGUAACCAGGAGCAAGAGGCAAGCCGCACCAAGACGGACUUGAGCCGCCUUCAGGAAGAGGAGGCCCAGCUGGAGCACAGGUUGCUCCAGGGCCGUGCCCAGCUGGACAGUAUCAUCAAUUCUCUGAAGACCACACAGGAAGAGAUCAGCCAGGCUCGCAACAAGCUGUCACUGAUCCAGGAGAACCAGAAGGAGUUUACCAAGACCAUUGAGCAGUACAACGGUGCUCUGCGAGACCUCACCGGGGGAAACAAUGUGGUGGACACGAGCCACCUGCUCUCAGAAAAGGAGAAUGGAGCCUUCAGGAGUAGUGCGGUGGAUGAAUCAUUCAAAUCAAGGAUAGCCAUGUUCAACACCAACGCUGCAAAAGGCCCUCCAGCAGACCCCUUCCAGAUGGAAGAUCCCUUCAAAGAUCCUUUUGGAGAUCCUUUCAAGGAAAGUGAUCCCUUCAAGGGUACCUCACCUGGUGAUCUAUUUAGUGGAGCUGGCAGCUCAGACCUGUUUGCAUCUCCGGACCCAUUCGCAGGAAGACCUAAGCCACCAGUAAAGCCUGGCUCCAUCCAUGGUCGUCUGGGUUUCCCAUCCAGCAGCCCAAAACCAAACCAUUCAGAGUCUGUCCGGAUGCCGAAACACCAAUUUGCAGGCAACUCUUUGAGGAGCAGCGCCGGGUUUCAUGACUUUAGCCAGUUGUCCAAGAAGUCUGACAAUCCUGUUCUGCCAUCAAAGAAAAGCGUGCCUAACCGGCCUACCCCGCCCUACGGCUCAGAUAAAGCGUUCAAAGAUGAUCCUGUCUUCGAUGUGAAGAUGGCCAGUUUUCAAGUGAAAGCCAGCAGCUGGAGUGGGCCAAGCGGGAGAGCGAGCGUGAGGAGCAAGAGCGGCUGCGGAGACUGCAGCUCCAGGAGCAGUGUGACCUGGAGCUGGCCAUCGCGCUCAGCCGGGCCGACACUCCCGGCUCCUAAGAAGGCCUGCCUUCGAACCCCCUCAUUUAAACCCCCUUCCUCCAGACAUUUGCACUGACACCGACCGCACUCCUGAAGCCCUCCGCCCCUCGCACACGAGCCCAGCGACGCUCCCGCCGUGCGCUGGCCUCAAAUGACUCCGCAUUUAGCAUGUAAUCUAUGUUCAUUGCUCCCAAACGACAAGGCAACUAUAAUCAUGGCCAGGAUGGAUCCUCUUGAUGUCAAGUGUGGCUUCAUCUGGACACAACGUAGCGAUUUAGGGAAAACACGAAGCAGAUGGGUACUCAACGUCGCCUUUUUCCAAAGCCUCCACGGAAACUUUUUUCUUUUUAACUGUUUUGUUGUAUUUAUAAGUAAAAGGUCUAAUUUUAUAUAAAAUGCACUAAAGCUGUUUUUUAAUUAACUUUUAAUGACCCAUGAAGGUUCCUUGUUUUGUCUGAUAUUCCACUGUUCACUGGAAGUUUGUUACAACACUUUUACUGGCAUUCUUAUUGACAUCAAAUACAAGAGCUGUGUACAAAUUGAUGUUCAGUAGUAUUUUGCUCAUAUAUGUGUCCCUAACCCAUUAUUAUUGUAAGGGUACAAUUUCUGAUAAGGGCUAAUGUACUGGACCACAUUAGAUUGUUCAGCUGUACCUAAUGAAGUGUGUGGACUGGUUAAUCAUGACAGUUUUUUUUGUCAUUUCUCUUGCACUGCAAUAUAUUAGUGCCUUUGCAUAUAUGUAACGUCUUUAAUCAAAGCGGAAGUGAUUGUUUUCCAUUUUUGUCCUUAAAUUCUGUCAUAUUUGUUAAUUAAGAUUCUAGCACUAAUUCAAACAGUUCCCAUACCCUAAACAAGUUCUGUUGCUUAUAUAAAAUGUGUUAAACCACUGGUACUGUAAGAUGGAUCCUCGUGGCUUUAACUCCCAAGUGCUGCACACUAUAGCUUUUAACAGGUCACCUUUCCUAUUUUUAUCGAGCUAAAAAAUUGAAGUUUUUGUUAUGCUCCACAGCAUUUUAUCAUGUUAGAAAUUAUGCUUCUAAAGCUAAACAUAUGGCACAUACAGUAUACUGUAUACAUGGAAUUAGGUGAUUUAUUUAAUGCUGGAAGAAGGUGACAUUUAUUUAAUGCUGGAAGAAGGUGACUUAAAUUGUUCAUAAUAA